UUUUUAGUUUAAUUACUAGUAUAAUUUGAAACAAAUCUUAUAUCUUGGUGAUUUUUGUGCUGUGCUCUAAAAUUUAAAUAUUAAAGUAUUAUGCGCGAAAAAUAUUUGUGUUAAAAAUAAUGUUUCCAUUCAAUUACUGUGAUCUUGAGAGUAAUUUAUAAGCGUAUAUUGUAGUAAACUUUUUUAUCAUGAAUCAACUAAGAUAUAUUUUGAGAUUGACGUAUCCAUGAUUCAUUAAGUAUCUGUUAUUGUAGUGUAAAGCUUGAAUAGUAUUGUACUAUUAAAUGUCAACAAACUUGUGGCGAUUAUAAAUUCAAAUUACAAAUUGAUAAUAUUCAUUAUUAUUUAUUAAUUAUAAAUUUUCAACAUCGUUUACUAUGCAAUGCAUUUUUUUAAAAAGAUUCAAACGCCUUAAACUAUUUUUAUUAGGUACUAAUUGUAAGAAAUAAAUUUACAAAUGCAUUUGUUAUAACUAUAAAUAAUACAAAAAAAAAAAAUACUAAAAACUAAUAUAUAUUAGUACAUCUUAGUGAGGAUUUUACAACAAUAAUAUUAAACAUAUUAAUAUGCAAGCAAGAGACUAAAUAAGUAUUAUCAAUUUUAAUUCAAUGAACCAUAAACAUUAAGGAAUUUAUGCUGUUGACAUAAUAAAACUUUUCUAUAAUUUUAUUUUAUGAGAUAAUCAUUUAAACAACAGUCAAAAUACGAUAUUGAUGUAAUGAUAGAAAUACCCUGAAUGCUCAUGUAGUACAUGGAACACAUGGUAUCAUGACACGACUACGACCUCAAAUUGGUGUAUGCAAUAUUUAAGGGGUUGUGACUUUGUCAAAAAUGAUGUAAAUGGCAAGACGCAGAUAGCAGAUUGCCAUGAAAUUUCUAUUAGUGAUGAAGAUGCCAUAAUUGAAAAAGAGUGGGAGUUACAAGUGCAGGGACAUGAAUUACCCUUAAAUGGAAGUUUUGACGACUUAGUAAAAAACAAGCCCAACUGGAUAGACCCAGUAAAAAUCAAGAAAGGUCAAAAAUUCGCAAUGGAAAAUUAUGCAGGAAUUGCAUUUUCAGAAAUGUUGUCAUUGUUCAUUCUUUUCGCUAGUAACAAAAUGGGACUAGAUACAUUGAUUUAUACAAAACGUUCUGAUACGCCAUACAGAGCAUACAGAAGAUAUUACCUCACAUCUAAAAUCGUUAAAUCUUGGUUUGAGACCGAUUUGUUGACAAAAGGCACUAAAGGUAACAAUAAUUUACAAAAAGUAUUUCAAAUGCACAGUAGAGUACAAAAUGAAAUAUCCAGUAUAUCAAACAAUGAUUUACAAUCCAAGUGUGAAGUUACAGGAAAUAUUAUGUGCCCAACUUUAACUAAGAUGCAGGCAGACUUCAAAGGUAUACAAAAUGUCGGUCGACCAACUGUUGACUUGGGACAUAAGAACUCGACAAUUACACAAACGAAUUUGUCAAAUACAUUAUUUGGAUUUUUUGGAUUGGUUCUGUUGUAUCCAGAAUGGUUCGGUAUUCAUAAUUACUCAGAAGAGGAUUUUGAAGGAUUUGUUCAUCUUUGGAAAACGAUUGGAUAUUACAUGGGUAUAAAUGAUGAUUAUAAUAUUUGCAGAGGAACGUUUGAAGAAGUGACCGUGAGAUGUAGACAAUACGUUCAAUGGGCAGUGAUACCUAAUUUUCGGAUGGUAACGAAUAAGUGGGAGCAUAUGUCUAGAUGUGCAGCUGAAGGGAUUCAAAUUUAUAUGAGUGGUGCUUUACCGUUUAGUCUAUCAAUGUGUUACUUAUGUGAUUUAUUACAAAUAGACGCUUCUAAUUUAAAGGAAAGUCUAGGACUGUUGCAACGUUUAAAAGUUUGGUUUUCUAUGAUUAUACUAAAAUACAUGUUUAAAUUUUUGUUGGUUAAAAAAUUAUGUAAUCAUAUAGUCCAUCAAAAACUGAAAAAAGCCUCCAAAGAAUUUAAAGAUGAAGAAUUCCAAGAGAAAUUAAAAUAUAUAUAUAUAUAAAUUAUAGCUAUAUUAAUUCUUAAUUAAUUAAUUUAAUGUAAUUUUUCACUUCUUGUUCCAUAUUUUCUGAAUUGAAAUACAUUAAGUAUUCAUUUUUAUACAA